GGGGGCGGAGCCCGUACUCGGGAACCUCCUCCUGGGCGGCGGGGCGGCCCCCAUGGCCCCUCUAGCCUCCUCCCCUUUAUCCGGGAGGCGCUCACGGCGGCCGCGUCUGCGAGGCUGCUGGAACAGAACUACUGAGCAAAAGCGGGUGUCCUGUCCCUGGUUGUUGCCAAAUUUGCCAUUGGCUUGGGAAAGUAGAGCUUGAAGCUUCCCGCCUGCAGUGAAGCCGAGAGAGAUACAUACUGCUCACAGUAUAACAGACAUGCGCUACCUGCUGACUUUCCACCUCUCCUACAAAGUCCGGUUACUGUUGCUUUUUCUCCUGUGCCUGACCGUGGUGGGUUGGGCCGCCAGUAACUACUUUGUGGGGGCUAUUCAAGACAUUCCUAAAGCAAAGGACUUCAUGGCUAAUUUCAACAAGGUCCUGGUUUGGGGGAAGGAAGAAACUCUGACUAAAGAAAACUCUGUGGAAAAAGCAGACUUGGAUGACUGCCCUUCUGUGUCUCCGCACCUCAAGGGCCCGAACAAGCUCGUUUUCAAACCAGACCUCACUCUGGAGGAAGUGGCGGCAAAAAAUCCCCAAGUGCACAGAGGCCGGCAUCACCCUGAGGAAUGUAAGGCCUUACAGCGGGUCGCCAUCCUCAUUCCUCACCGGAACAGAGAGAAACACCUGAUGUACCUGCUUGAACACCUUCACCCCUUCCUGCAGAGACAGCAGCUGGACUAUGGUGUCUACGUCAUCCACCAGGCUGGAAGUAAAAAGUUUAAUCGAGCCAAACUCUUGAACGUGGGCUAUCUAGAAGCUCUCAAGGAUGAAAAUUGGGACUGCUUUAUAUUCCACGAUGUGGACCUGGUGCCCGAGAACGACUUGAACCUCUAUAAAUGUGAGGAGCAGCCCAAGCAUCUGGUGGUCGGCAGGAACAGCACAGGGUACAGGUUACGUUACAGCGGAUAUUUUGGGGGUGUCACUGCCCUCAGCAGAGAGCAAUUUUUCAAGGUGAAUGGAUUCUCUAACAACUACUGGGGAUGGGGAGGCGAAGACGAUGACCUCAGACUCAGGGUUGAGCUUCAUAAAAUGAAAAUAAUCCGGCCAAUGCCUGAAGUGGGUAAAUAUACCAUGAUCUUCCACACUAGAGACAGAGGCAAUGAGGUGAAUAUAGAACGGAUGAAGCUCUUACAUCAGGUAUCACGAGUCUGGAGAACAGAUGGGUUGACUAGUUGUAUUUACAAAUUACUCUCUGUGGAUUAUAAUCCUUUGUAUACCAACAUCACAGUGGAUUUCUGGUCUGGUGCAUGACCCUGGAUUUCUGGUGACAUUUGGAAGAACUGGAUAUUUUAUUGCAAUAAUUUUGGACUAGAGACUUUCCCUAGUAGCACACAUUAAGAACUGGUCACAGCUAAUGACUGAGCUGAAUUUUUCCUUUUUGUAUUUUCUUAGCAGAGUUCCAAGUAACAGGGACUAUAGAACAGUUGUAAGAAGACAGCUUUCUUGGUUGGUUUGCUCCUGGGGGUUAUUAAAGACUGUAAUACACAUACAUGAAGGGCUGAGUCCACAAAGAUUGCUCGAGGGAUACCAUGAAGUCUACUUGAAAACUUGGACUGAAAGAAAUUUAAGUUUGAAGUGAUCCGUGACGGGAUCAGAAAAGCCCACAGGAAAUAGGAUUGCUGAGUGGUCCAGAGAACUGGAAUUGUUCUCAUCUGAGGUAGAAAGGUACGAAGUCUAUCUGUUUACUCAUUUAUCCUGCAUGGUCCUCUGAGAAGAGUUGGGUCCCAGGUGAGAAGAAGGCCCCAGAAGAGAGGAGAAAGGCGAAGAAUCAAGAUGCUGUGAACUUGGGCAUGAAUGUCGCGGGAGGCCAGUGUCAGAGGAGUGGCCGCCGCUGCUGCUGGUCUGUGGCGAGCGUCCCCUGCCCACAUAAUGCCUCCCAGGAAUCGGCCAGCAGGACAUACGUUAUUUACUACUUUCUAAAGUAUUUUUGUAAAAUGAUUUUGUACAUGCAGGAUAUGAAUUAGCAGUUUACAAAUCACCUAUUAACUAGUCAUAGAUCGAAAAUACCUCUGUAGUAAAAUAUGAAAAAAAGCUGUG